GCAUUUUAAAGCAAGUUUUCAUAAGAUUAAGAGAGGAGAAAUUAAUAUUUCAUAUUUAAAAAUGAAAGUAAUCUAUUCAGUGUUAAUUUUAUUCUUUAUCAAUUCAAAUUUGAAUUUCGAAUAUGGUUCAGCUGAUUGCAAUACUGAAGUAAAUAAAUGCCUUGAACCAGCGUUAAAAGGCUUUAAUGAUAUAACUAAUAAAUACUAUUAUGAUAUGGAUAAGAUAUGUCCAUUUAUGAAAACUUUACAAAACUGCGCAAAAGAUAAUAUGGAAGCUUGCACAAAUGGUACUCGCGACUCUGCUAUUGAAUAUAGUAAGAAAAUUUGUGGAACAGAUUGUAAAAAACAAUUAGUAGGUUGUAAUGUUAAAAUUAAAAAUAUGGAAUCGACAAAAAAAUGCUGCGAAAUAUCGGCCCUUAAACAAUGUGGUGCCUUGAAUAGCUUUUCAACAACUUACAUCUACCCUCAAACAUGCGCAGGAUCUAAGCCAACAUUAUAUUUGAUCACGAUCUUAUUACUCAUGACUCUUAUUAAAAAAUUAAUAUUGUAAACAAUCACUUUUCCUUUUCAAAUAUUAAUCAAUUUAUCUAUAGUUUUCAAUCGUUUUAGUUAUCGUUUGUAGACGACGUCUCUCUCUCUCUUUCUCUCUCUGUGACUCAUUUUUGCAUAUUGUAUAUAUUAUAGAAAUUUUAUGUACUUUAUUGAAAAUUUAAUCUCUAUACUUAUUAAAAAAUAAUACAUCUUCUCUCCUCUUUACAUUAAUACUU